AUGCCCGCGACACGCGCCUCGUCGCGGGGAACUUCCCGGGCGGGCGCCGCCCUGGAAAAGGCGCUGGACGACAGGCUCGCCGACGCCGCGCUUCGAUGGGGGUCGUGCUGCGAUAAGGGCGCGUGGCGGGACCACGUAGCUGAGCACGGAGACACUGCCAGGCAGCUCGAGAUCAUGGCCGAGCGGGCCGUGGAGGUGGUGUCCAGGAAAGGACACCCCGCGCGGGGCGGACCCGCGAGGGCGAGGUUAAAGAGCGCGUUGGCCAAUUCCCAGUCCGCGCAGGCGACCGCCUGCCUCGUGGGAUCGUCCAAUAAGGCUGCCGCCUCCGUCGCGUGCCACUCGCUAAAUCGUAUCACCGCCCUCUUGAGCGCAUCGGAGAAUAGCACGAUACUGAGGGCGUGCGCUUCGGAUCUCAUCGUACCCCUGAUAUGGAAGGCGUGCAAGGACUACCGCGAUGAUACCAAGGCGGCACUCGCGGCGGCCACGGCGCUCUGGCGCCUCCUGGGCACACCCGCGUUCUCCCAACCCACCCCGCCCACGACAGUCGUAACAACGAAAACCGCGGCGGAGAGGGAGACCUUCGAGCUCGUCGCCAAGACCCUGGACGCGACGACAGCGAACGACGUCACCUUCGGCUCCUCCGGCCACGUGGCGAUGUUUCCCGAACUUCUCAGGAGCAUGGUGUGCGAUCGUUUGAUCAACAACGCGAAGCGGGGAGAUCGCAAGGGGGCGUCCAACGCCCCGCUAGCCAUCGUCGCCGCGGCGUUGGCGCCCCACUCGCGGCUGUGGAUAGAAGCGUUCAAGGAUACCAGACGUCAUUUGCACACCUGCCAGAAAUUCGCGCAGCGGCUCAUGGAAGUCGCGACGAUUGAUGAGGGCGCGAUGACGACCCUCGGCUCGGAGGCGGCGCUCGAAGCUGCGGCGAUGCUCACGCGCGAUGUGCCCGUCUUCCGUGAACAGCUGAUCGAUUCUCGUAACAAUAUCGACGCGGCCCUUGGGGCGCACCUUUGCGGAAACAGGGAAAGGCCGGCUGAAGUCGCCGCGCUCCAUCUACUGACGGCGAUGGCGACGACGUUAUCGCCACAGGUGCUUGAAUCGUCUACGUCUGACUCCGACCCCGACUCUUCAUUACGCGUGCGUUACAUGUACGACUCCGACUCCGACUCUGACGUGGAGAGGAUUCCCUUGAUCAGCUUCGAGUGGUCGGCGAUUUUUAAAGCCGUGGUGAAGCGUGCCGAUGAGUUCCCGUCGGUGAUCCAAUCGAGGCUUGAAAACAAGUCCGACGAGGCGAAGGAGGCUGUGCCCGCCGCGGCGAUCACCGUCGUCGCCGAGCUUUUGACCGUCGCACCCUGGAAAUUGGGGGAGCAAGAGUCAGGUUUAUUAAAAUCUUUUGGAUGGGGCGAAGCGUUGAUGGGAUUGAACAUCGAUAAGACACUCGAGGCGUGCUUGAUGACACUCUCAAAAGGUGUGCAGAACGCCACAGGUAGCGGCAGGGCAAUGAGCAGCGUGUUCAGGCGAGGAGAAGCAGUCACGGCGUCGGUGAUUGAUUGUAUCCGCGCGACUGAACGACUGGUGAUGCAUCUAAAGGCCGACAUGUUUGAUGAGAUCCGAAGUCGGGAUUCAAGAUUUGGGAAUCGAAAGCCACCCUUGCGAUCGCCUAAUAAAUUGCACUGGGAUGAGUUGCUGGAAUAUGCCAUGAACAUACUCAUGAUCGCUGGACCGAAAUACACCGGGGUUGUCAAAGUUGUUGACGGUAUUGACGGUAUUGUUGACUACAUUAACAUCUCUGCUCUUCCCGGUCCGCCUUACGUUGGUCCAGAUUGGCAGCGUGUCGUGGAUCAGUUUGGCGAGUUUGACGAGGAUGGCCCCGUGGGUAAUAAUAUAUUUCAGGACCCAGAAUUGAUCGCGACAGCUGGAAAAGGACUUGGCGAUUGGAUGGCUGAAAGUAUGGCGACGGCGGCGGGGAAUUUGCUCUGCACCGCGUUUUUCAAGGACAUUUCGUGGUUGAGCUCUGAGACACCAACAUCAGGCUUGAUCGAUUGGAAUGGUCGCCUGUUUGGCGGAACGAACAUGGAACGUGGUUUGCACUAUGCGCUAUCCAUGGACUGGCCGUGGGGGUAUCUCAAGCGAGAGAGACUCCGGCAGGACGCGUUUCUUGAAUUUAAGCUGGUUAACAUUCCGGCAGCGCUUCUUGCCACUCUCGUCAGUCCGUUCAUCUUGAACGAGGAAUUCAAUGGCAAGGAUUUUAUACCCCAGCUGCAUGAUGAAAAGCUGUUGCAUGCAGAACAGAUCUUGAAUUUCACGAUUCCUCAGAUGGUGAAAACAAGGAUGAAUAAAUUGCCGGACACUGAAGUUGACUGUAUCGCAGCGAACGACAAAGACAUCGACGCACCGCUGAUUCCAUGGUCUCUGUACGGGUCGGAACUCAUGGUUGCGACGCUUCGUACCUUCGUGAUGCUGUUCAGCGUGUAUCGAGAAGCUCCCAAGGUCAAUGAUCCUGUGAAGACUCGAUCUCUCAGAGAAGCCCUUGAUAUGUUGGCAUCAGAAGACGGAGGUCUUGGCGACGAGGGCAGAUGUUGGGCCAUCAAGGCGUUGAAUAUACACGUCAACAGGUACGGUGAGAAGGAUAUCGCGCCCGUCACUGACACGGAAUACGUUAAAGGUCCGAGGUCUCGCAUCGCCGACGCACUUUUCGCAGCGCUCCCUGAACCUUUCCGGCAAGCCGGCGGCGGGGACAACCUGAGCUUCGACCUUGACGCCGCGAUGACGUCCUCGCCCGUCGCUCCCCCGGACGUGUGCUUCUGCCUGGCCGACGGCUGGAGGCAGUGCGCGCACUCGGUGAUUCUCUCGGCGAGGUGCCCCGUGCUCAAGCGGAAAAUUGAGGAUGCGAUUCCGGACGAGCGCGAUUCCACCGGCGUCCGCGCGAUCAAGAUGGGCGCGCAGGUGACCGUCGAGGGUUUCCGCCGCGCGCUGGCGUGGAUAUACUCCUCGCGGGUCACCGGACCGGUCCCCAAGGAGCUCGUGAGCAAGCUAGAACUGCCCGAGCUUCGAGCGCGAGCGUUUCCGGGAAUUGGAUGCGUCGCGAGCUCGCUCGUCGACGACUUGGAACCCAUGAUGAAGAAAGCUCCAUGGACCACGGACCUCAAGAUCUGUGCCAGUGCCAGUGACGACGAUGGGUCCGACGCACCACCCGCGUGGGUCGGAGCGCACAGGGUGAUGUUAUGCGCCAGGUCGGAGUACUGCCGAGCGGCGCUGUCGGUGCGGCACGGUUUCGUCGAAUCCGGGGAGCGGAGGGCGACGCUCACCCUCCCCGUCACCACUGCACAGGCGCUCGACAUGCUUCUGCGUGUGGUGUACCUCGGUGAGAUCCCAGCGGUGCCCGAACCGGUUCCCCAGGGCGUGGAGGACAAGGGUCACAAGGGUCACAAGGGCGCGGAGGACAAGGGUUGGGCCCACGCUUUGGUCGAGCUCGGAUCGUGCCUCGAGUACAUUGGCCUGCCGGAGGAGGCUGCGCGGUGCACCCCGCGGCUGAAACGCGCGCUCGCGGACUGGGACGUCUCGGGGGAGCCAGGCGGUACGGGAGAUGAGGCGAGGAUGCGAUCGGUGUCGGCGGAUGGCGCGAUCAAGGCGCUCGCCGCCGCCGCCGAGCUGCGGCGAUGGGACGACGUGGACGCGCUCGCCGGGACGCUCUCCGGGGCGUACGCGGAGGUCAGCGGCAAGGCGGAGUUCGAGGCUUUACACCCGGAACUGAAGGAGGCGAUGCGACGGGCGCACGUGGACGCGCGUCACGCGGGUGUGGUUUAUAGAGGGUGA